CACCAAAACGGACGACCCAAGCGAAGAAAACACCAGAAUGGUGACAUCAAUGACGAAAGAAGCAUCAAAUGGACGACUCCAAUGGCAAGAACUACAAACAAAAACCAACUCUCACCUCGACCUAGGCCUAUCAUAUUCGGAUGUAGAACUUUUAAAUUCGGAAAGCGAAGAGCCUAGUAAAAAGCUACCACGGCUACUUGCAGAGGGAUAUAGACCUCACGAUACAAACCCUCUCUUUUUUACAAAAGAGGCUCCAAGUAAAAAAAGAGGCUCCAA